UGUGGCUCAGAGGCUCAGUGUCAACACUUAGCUCUUCUCCAGAAUGAAGCUUUUUCCUCAGUCCGUCUGUAAACUCGCCUUCCUGAGCUUCUGCUUUGUACUGAUCACAGUGAGAGAGUCAGACAGCACGUUCGUCCCGGGAAGAUGUUUGUGUCCACAUACGCAGCCAGGUGUCAGAGGGCAACUGAAAGAGCUCACAGUCUAUCCAAAAAGCCCCAACUGUGACAGAGUCACCGUAAUAGUGACACUGAAGAGUACCAAUGAUCCAGUGUGUCUGAAUCCAGAGGGGAGGCUAGGCAAACAACUGAUUCGCUGCUGGAAUAGAGCUCAUGAGUUGGGUCGUAAUGUGAUGCUUUGCCUGAAGAGGAGGAAGAGGGGGAGAGGUCGUCAGCGCCAGAGGAGCCGGGGCCUCAACAGAAAAACCUCAUCCUCUAAUUCCCAAUAGACAGCCAAACUGGCAAAUCACAAAGCUACCGAACGGAGAGAAGCUUGUACAUGUAGUUUUUGCCACACUGGGGACUCCAGGUCACCAAAGGUCGUUUAAAAUAAACAGCACACUACCACUUUUCUUUCUAUAAAUGUCACAGAGCUCAGACAUCAGGAUCCCCUGAACUGUUGUCUGAGCUGUAAAUCAAUCUUUCUUUGUAGGCCAGCAGCAGGGGGCUUUACUUUAUCUGUGCAAAAGACUGAUAUUAUGUUUAAAUCUGAGCCCUGGAGGCUUGUCAUAAAUGUUAACAGUUUUAGCUAUAAAACACUGUUAAAUGGUCCAUGUAUUGUUCAUGUGUAAUUCUGUGUAUGCAGCUGGAAAAGCGAACUGAAAACACUACAUUGGUUAUUUAUUUUUAUAUCAAAAGGAUUUUUUUUGUUUUAUAAAUAUAUCAGCAAAACA